UCCACACAGUUCGUCGCACACUAUUUGUUGUUCUAUGUUACCACCAUGGAUCCGACUGAAGUUGAAUUUCUGGCAGAAAAGGAGAUUGUGAAGAUAAUCCCAAACUUCAGCCUUGAUAAAAUAUAUUUAAUUGGUGGGGAUCUGGGGCCCUUUAAUCCUGGCUUACCUGUACAAGUUCCCGUUUGGCUUGCUUUGAAUCUGAAGCAGAGACAGAAAUGUCGAAUAUUGCCUCCUCAAUGGAUGGAUGUUGACAAACUGGAGGAGGUGAGAGAGAUGGAGAGGAAAGAGGAUUCCUUCACACCGCCUCCCAGCCCGUACUACAUGGAACUAACCAAGCUCCUUCUGAACCAUGCAUCUGACAACAUUCCCAAAGCGGAUGAGAUUCGGACGCUAGUGAAGGACAUUUGGGACACGCGCAUCGCUAAGCUGCGGCUCUCUGCGGACAGCUUCAUCAGCCAGCAGGAGGCCCAUGCUAAGCUGGACAACCUGACGCUGAUGGAGAUCAACACCACGAGGAGCUUCCUCCUCGGCUCGCUCAACUGCAUGUUCAAGCUGCGCUCCAACAUGCAGCCUGGCACCAGCACGGGGAAAGGCCCCGACUACUGACCGUAUGGGACGCUGAUGGCUGGGUCGUCUGGGUCUGGCAGCGACAUGGCGUGUGAAGAAGUGAUAUGGAUCUGUUCUGAGCUGGUCGGAAACUUGGUUUCUGUUUUUAAAGGGGUGAUAUUAUUAUGCCACCGGGUGAGAGUGUGAUUAGCCAUGACAAGUCGUUUGAAAAUCAGCCUUUUUCUGCGUUUUUGUGACAUCACAAGUGGGCGUGUCCACCUAGAUGUAUGCUGGAUAGACUAGCAACAUUUGCUAGUCCACUGGGUAGGCUGGUAGACUGAUCUAUCCAGCAUACAUCUAGGUGGACACACCCACAUGUGACGUCACUAAGAUUUUCAAACGGCGGUUGUGAUGGCUAAUCACUCACACCUCGUGGCAUAAUAUCACCCCCUUUAACAACCAGAGGCAUAGGGAUGGCUACCAACGGGUUGGGUGGUGUUCCCUGGACUGGUUGAUAAGGAAGAUGCGUCUAUCUGCUGUGCAGGAUGUAAUAUGUGGAUGAUAUGCUGUACCUGGACUCAAACAUCAGCAUGCUUCCAUCAUGUGCUUGGGUUUCUUUUUUUAUGAUGGAUGCUUUGUGUAGAUAUUGGAAAAUGAAUGAAUGUUAUUUGACUUGUUAAAGCUUCGGUACUGUUGCAUCAUGUCCGCAAGCAAGUGGAUGGCAACAAGUAUCAAACAAAUAGUUUAAUAACAUUGAAUCUUUGCUAAAAUGCUAAAUCAAUAAAUGGAAUUUAAUAAUG